AUGUCUACUGAAAGCCAUUCGCAUUUCGCCAUGCGUUCCAGAGUUGGGCGAACAUUAUCUGAUCAGGAACGACGGAAAGACUCACUACUCUCCAAGGAUGCAGUUAUUAUAGAGAGGAAAAUCAAAGCAGGCGACACGUUAAACAAGAUUGCAAUACAAUACUCGGUUAAUGUUUCCGAUAUCAAACGUGUCAACAAUCUUGUUAGUGAUCAGGAUUUCAUUGCUUUGACUGUUGUGAAGAUUCCUGUUUCACGUCUUCGGUACGCACUUGGCGUCAGCAGUUCGUCCGAGGAUGACGAACAUAUAAUAGAUUUCGAUGAGCGCGCUUGUCUGCUGGAGAAUGAGAAGUCUAAACCAGACACCAGGAACACACCAUCCUCACAAGAUGCUAGCGUGGACGAUAUCUUUCACAGGACGGACACUAUGAUUGCUCAAGUACGAGAAGCAUUACCAGAGGGUGGUUUACCAGGUUCCUUUCAUUUCGUAGAUGCUCGCCCACCGGAUACUGCCUGUUCUGUAUGGACGUUGGUUGCUUUAGUUGUUAUUACAUUUAUGGUGGUUCCGCUCCUUUUAACCUAUUACGAAGAACAUGUCAAAGAAGACGCGAGCUAA